CUUUUCUUAGCGCAUCUUCACUUGACUGGGCUGCAGUUUAUCGCCGUAACCAAAGCCCGCCGCAUCUCUUCACGCCUCCCCUGAAGUGAUACAUCUUCACCCUUCAGUUGUUCAUCUUCUCUUGUCUCCGUAUUUUCCUUCAGUCCAUCCUUUGUACCUUUCCCACCACAGCAGUAAUACAGAUCGGCAACCAUGCGAACUUUCGCUUCUCUGGCUGCGGCCAGUCUUGCCCUUGUCGGGCUUGCGUCUGCCAGCAGCGAUGUCCACGAUCUCAAGAAAGACAACUUCAAAGACUUCAUCUCCGAGCAUGACCUAGUCCUAGCAGAGUUCUUUGCCCCCUGGUGCGGUCACUGCAAAGCCCUCGCCCCAGAAUACGAGGAGGCCGCGACUACGCUGAAGGAGAAGAACAUCGCCUUGGUCAAGGUCGACUGCACAGCCGAGGGAGACCUAUGUAAAGACUAUGGUGUUGAAGGUUAUCCCACCGUCAAGGUCUUCCGUGGUCUUGACAACGUCAAGCCAUACCCUGGUGCCCGAAAGGCCCCUGCAAUCGUGUCCUACAUGACCAAGCAGCAACUCCCUGCAGUGUCUCUCCUGACGCCCGAUACCCUCGAAGAAUUCAAGACCACCGACAAAGUUGUAGUGGUGGCAUACAUCGCUGCCGAUGACAAGUCCUCGAACCAGACCUACACUGCGCUUGCCGAAUCUCUAAGAGACGAGUACAUCUUCGGAGCCACAAACGAUGCUUCGCUUGCAAAGGCUGAAGGCGUCAAGCAACCUGGUAUCAUUCUCUACAAGGACUUCGACGAGGGAAAGAGCACCUUCACAGAUACCUUUGAUGAGCAGGCCGUUACCAAAUUCAUCAAGACUGCCUCGACUCCUUUGGUUGGUGAAGUCGGUCCAGAGACGUAUGCCGGUUACAUGGCUGCUGGCAUUCCGCUCGGGUACAUUUUCGCGGAAACUCCUGAAGAACGCGCCUCUUUGGCCGAGGCCUUGAGACCCGUCGCGGAGAAGUACAAGGGAGUCGUCAACUUCGCAACCAUUGAUGCAAAGGCUUUCGGUGCUCAUGCUGGCAACCUGAAUUUGCCUACGGACAAGUUUCCCUCUUUCGCUAUUCAAGAGACCGUCAAGAACGAGAAAUACCCCUUCGAAGGCAGCUCGCUUACCGAGAAGAAGAUCGGUGCUUUCGUCAAGGACUUUGUUGACGGCAAGAUCGAGCCCAGCAUCAAGUCUGAGCCUAUUCCGGAGAAGCAAGAAAGCCCUGUGACCGUCGUAGUUGCUCACUCGUACAAGGACAUCGUCCUGGACGAUUCCAAGGAUGUCCUCGUCGAGUUCUAUGCUCCUUGGUGUGGUCACUGCAAGGCCCUUGCUCCGACCUAUGAGAAACUGGCUGAACUCUACUCUUCGCCCGACUUCUCCUCCAAGGUUACCGUGGCCAAGAUCGACGCCACUCUGAACGAUGUUCCUGAUGAGAUUGCCGGCUUCCCGACCAUCAAGCUCUACCCUGCUGGUGCCAAGGACUCGCCGGUCGAUUACUCUGGCUCACGAACCAUGGAGGAUCUCGCUGCCUUCAUCCGCGACAAUGGCAAGCAUGGCGUUGAUGGGUUGGCCGCUAAGAGUGAUGAUGACGACGAUGUGAUGGAAGAUGUUUCGUCCGCUGCCAGCGACACGAUGGCCAAGGCCGCUCCUGCGGCUACCACCGUCGCCGAGGAAGCUAGUAGCGGUGUCAAGGAGGCCGUCAAGAGCGUCGUCAGCGAGGCAGUUGAUGCUGCUAAGACGGUUGUGGCAGAUACCGAUGCGGGUGGUCCACAGGAACACGACGAAUUGUAAACUAUGUACCUUACCAACCGGCCACCAGCUAGGCAGGUUUUCAUGAUGAGUUUCGGGACCACGAGAGCAACAAUAAAAGGAUUGAUUUUCAUAUUUUCAAAGCAUCCACGGGCUUCUUUUUUAUGAAUUCACGGGGCACCGAAUGGUCUAGGAUAACCCGGUUAUGUCACGUACAGAGAGAGGAGUGGAUGGGUUGAAAUUUCUGAACCUCGGAAGCAAUCAACGGAAAAGCGAAUCAAUAUUAGUAUGGUAGUACUGUGCUAUACCAUGCGAUGAGACACCAUAUUAACCAAUGCCGUGGCCCCUGCCCGUGCAAUGCCA